CGUUCUUUCGUUCUCACGACCUUGCACGUACAGACAUUGUAUCCUCAUGUUUAGAGCAAAUCCAAAGUCCGACCCUUCAGGCAACAUUUCCUUUGUAUCCUUUCCAGUGCCCUGAUUGAGGAUCGGCAGCUCCACAAGCUCCCCCGCAUUCCAGCGAGUCAGGCCAUCUCCACGUGUUCGCAGCGAAAGUUGCGAAGUACCUCGCGCAUGGAUACUUCGUCCGCUCUAUCCCGUAUCGAUACCUUGAUAUCAGAUAUGCCAAUGGAUGAGGACAGUAAGAGCGCAGUACCAUGCGACAGAUUGAGCACUUUGCCAGAUGAGCUGCUACUCCGCAUCUUCGAGGCGGUCGGCUGCAUAUCCAGGCGCGACCUUUGCAACGUAUCGCGCGUCAACAAGAGAUGUCACCGCCUCAGUGACGCUGUUCUGUACAAAAGCAUUCUGUUCGAGACUCCUGAAUUCCACCUCACAUUCAGCGAGUCGUUAAGCCGUCGACCGCGUCGUGGCUCAUCCAUUUAUGAAGUCAAACUCGCGUAUCCCUCUUCAGAGCUAUCGCAACUGGCGCUUGACGCGCCCGUCCAUGGUUCAUAUCUCGAUCCAAAGACCUCAGACACCCUCUCGCGGACGUUGUCGAUCAUGUCAAAUUUGGAGAAGCUCGAGAUAUCGGUUCCCGAUGUGCUCUUACACGGUAUCGGUACCUUGUUCAACGGACCUUUCGACCUUACCUGCUUAAAGACCUGUUCACUAUUCUAUCAGUGCGCUAACGAUGCUUACUGGGACCUGCGCGAAAACAUACAUAUCUUUGCACACCCCACACUGGAAACCUUGACAAUUCGUAGAGCCAAGUUAGACGAGAAGGGUUUCGAUCACAUUGAGCGGCCGCACAUGACAGCACUGAAGCAGCUGCACCUGAUCGAAUGCGACAUCAACGACGAUUCUCUUGGAGAUCUACUCGAACUACCCGAGGCGCUCGAAGAAUUUGUCAUGACGCAAGCGGAGGUGCCGGAGCCAGACCUGGAGGAAAGCUCCGAUAACGUUGGAGACUACAUAUUGGCUGCGCAAUCACAAGCCGAAUUCUUAAAGAGCAUCACUAUCGAUCACCCAACGCUUACCGGUCGCAAGGUGCUACGUAUGAGAGAGUUUGCGGCGCUUAAGACAUUACGUCUGAAUUGGGAUUACCAGCUAUUUGGAAAGUCGUCUAAGAAGCCUCGUCUUCAUUCCGUCGGUCUUCCGCCGGUGAUGGAAACGCUUGAGUUUUUCAACGAGCUGGGAAGCGAUACCGAAGUUACGGACCUUCUGCUAGCCACCAUUGAGCAGAAAGACAUUGUUGCAAGGAAUUGGAAAACUAUGGUGGUGGUUGAGGGCGAAGAGGGAGUAUCAAAGGAAACCAAAGAUGCUUGCAAGGCAGCGGGGUUGAAAUUAGACAUUAUUGGGGCUAUGGAAGAUGAUUCCGAGUUGGACGACGAUGCAGACAUGGAGGAAGACUCUGAAUCAGAAAGCGAAUAGAUCGUUGCUUGUUGCUCAACGCAAUAAUAUUCUUUAUACAACGCAACCUUAUUGGCAAUUUUAUUGCAAUACCAGCGUGUAUUUACCUUUCGCGAUGAUCUUCGCCUUUUUGCAUUUGCCUGCUUUUCUACUCGCCUUUCCAAGCGCUUUCCGCUUCUUCAUAUGCCUCCUGGCUCGUUCGCCUUCCUUCCUAUCCUUAUCGUCCCUGUUCCUUCGUCUUCUGCUAUCUCUCCAACCCUCUAGAUAUAGCCAGGUCUGUCGCACUAUACAAAUCAACACCGUUACAAUGUUGUCCGCCUUCAGCUUGACAUGUGCCGCGGGUACGUAAGAGAACUUCGGCCUCGGAAUAGACGUAAGAAGAGUUACU